AUGUCAGGGGCAUGGAACCCUGACGCCGGCUACAAACCACCCUCAGAUUACCACUCCGAAGCGCUGGUUGCCAUUGCUGCUGCUUUUCUUGCUCUCACAGUCACAUUCACCUCGCUUCGGUUCUUUGUCAGAGGUUACAUGAUUCGUGCUUUGGGCUGGGAUGAUUGGUUCAUUCUACUGACACUUGCGUCCUUCGUCUGUCAAGCCGCCUUCCUUGUGCACAUUGCAUCGAUGGAGCAAACCCACAACUUGGAGUGGCCGAUACCUUUGUCUAAUACACUGGAGUAUGUCGUCCUGGAGUUUGCCUUUUAUAUAUUCACCACCAUGGUUCUUGAAAAGUGGCAGCGUCGAACGAUAAUCAUCAGCACGGCCAUAUUCUCACUUUACACAUUCGGAUUCUUCUUUGUCGCCAUAUUCCAGUGUGGCUCUCCGGAUAAAUACCUCCUUCACAAAGUGCAAGGCAAAUGCAUUUCAUGGAGUGUUCUUGGCCCCAUGAACUACAUCCAUGGAGUUAUGAACGCUUUGACCGACUGGAUCUUCGUGUCUCUUCCAAUACUGGUUGUCCGAAAAGCCAACAUGACUGGCAGAGACAAGUCGUCAGUGAUUCUUGUCCUUGUCAUCGGUGUCUUCGGCAGCGUGGCAUCAGUCGUUCGCCUCUUCUAUAUCAAGGCACUCCAUUCUGGCGACCAGGACGCCACAACCUUCUUCUCAGACGCGUCAAGCAUUGCCAUCCUGAGUACGAUCGAACCCGGUAUGGGCAUCACAGCAGCAUGUAUGGCAACCUUGAGGCCAUUGUUCAAGACUGUCCUAGACCGCACCCGCACUCAUCUCUCGAGCGUCUCUGACAAGAACAAGCUGUCGACCGCAGAGCGCGGUACUAACUCUCACAGUGGAUUCACCUCAUCACAGCAGUCUCCUGUACGCGGAGAAUUUGCGCAGUAUGGAUUUGCCUCGGAGGGCAAAUCCCGGGCAAACAGCGACAGUGAGCCACAGUUGGAGAUGUUCGACCUCUCUACAAAAACGCCGACGAUUGGCUUGGACGAAGUCGUGGUUCAAUUUGACACUGUGCAAUUCGAGAGACGCGAAUCACAGAGCGAACUUCUGGCCGAGCUGCAACAAGCGAGACAAGCUUACAGUGCACGCAUUUGGAGCGGAAGUGAUGACAAGUUGGCACAGCCCAACCUUCUGCUUCCUGAUAUUUGA